AGAUGGAAGCCGACAGCUGAGCGGGACGAACACCAGAGGAGCGACCACGACGACGAGAGCCAGAGGAAUCAACAGGAACCAGGAGAACCAACAGAACAACAUGAACAACAUGAACUCGGACGACUUGUUCCAUCCCAGUUUGGCUGCAGCUCUGAUGAAGCUCGACCCGGAAGACGGGGAGCAGAUCAUGGAGUACCUGAAGACCCACGUCCUGCUGAGCCGGGAGAAAGCUCUGCUGCAGGCGUCGGUCAGAGAGCAGAAGAAGCUUCUGGUGGAAAAUGCGAAGCUGAAGAAAGACAUCGAACAGCUGAGAGCUCAGGUUCAGGACAAGCAGAGGAGACGCACCGCCAAAGCGCUGCUGUCUCAGGCCCCGCCCCCUCACAGCCUUAGCCCCGCCCCCGCCUCACCUGUCAGCCCACCUGCUGUCUCGGCGGCCCCUCCCCCUCCCUCCUCUCAGGUGAGGAGGGAGAAGUCGAGCCGGCGGAGGAGAGCUCGCCCCGCCUCCGACCCCCUGGGGGCGGAGCCUCAGCUCGACGUGUCGCGGCUCGACCUGAGGGUCGGACGAGUCGUCGCCGUCCGCCGCCACCCGCUGACCGACACCAUGACGGUUCAGGAGGUGGACGUCGGAGAAAACGCUCCUCGGACGGUGGUCAGCAAGCUGGGAGAGAAGACACACCUGGACCAGCUGCGAGGUUCCCUCGUGGUGUUGCUAUGCAACGUGAAGGCCUGUAAACUGAAGGGCGUGGCUUCUCAGGCCCGCCUCCUCUGUUGCUCCGCCCCUGGCGAUGACGUACAGCUGCUGCUUCCUCCUGCAGGCUCCGCCCCCGGAGACAGAGUGACCGUCCCCAGUUACCAUGGCGAGCCGGACCGGGAGCUGCCGUCCAGGCUCUGGGAGCAGCUGCAGCCCGACGUGCAGGUGGACUGCAGGGGCGUGGCCACCUACAGGGGCAGCAGCCUGCAGGUGCAGGGCAAGGGGCUGUGCAGAGGCCCCGCCCUCAGCGGCUGCAGCGUCAGGUAGACGUCCAGGUGAGCAGCAGGGCCCGGGAACACCUCCAGAACCUCCAGACAGCCGCCUUCUAGAGGAGUCCAAGGAAGCUGAUUGGACGCCUCUGAAGCAGCCAAUCAGAGCGCUGCUGCAGGUGUAACGGGGCUUUAAAUGAAUAAAACAAACGUUUGACAAAGAAAA